AUGGAGAAACAACAUGAAAGCAGCUCUAUGGCCAUGCGCCUGUAUGCCACCUGGGAUGUCGACAGAGCUACGCCUUCAACAGUCCCAAGAAUCUUCAAUGUCUCAAUCAAUCGAAUUCUACUCGACUGUGUGUCACCGGAAGUGAAUUCAAUCAUUGUCACCGCCAAGCUUCCGCUCUCAAAACGGAGUCGAUAUUUGCGGAGCAAUGAGAUCAAAGUGACUCCGAAUCACGGUCGCAUCGAUUUGGAUUGUGACAUCUCUUUCUGUAUUCAGUAUCCACACUUCUUGAAACGGAAAGCCAACGUUCUUCAAUUAUUGAUUCAGCGACGGAAAAAGUACAAAAAUCGACUGCCUGGGGGUUUCCGAGAUCUUGCCGUUGGAAACAUCAAUCUUACUUAUGUGAGUGGCGCUUUUUCAACUAAUUGGAUCAUUCAAUUACUCUCUUUUAAUUCUUUUCAGAUCCUACAACAAGGCGGAUUACGCGAAAUUCAGUUGAACCCUUCGUCGGAGAACGAAGUUGAAUUGAAAGGAGUCGGUGCGUGUGCUGGAAAGGUGUUCCUAACAUCGUGUUACUCCCAACCACCUGAAAUCGUCGAUGAUAGAGACAAACACAAGAAGGUUGUUGAGGAUUCCGAAGAAGAAACCGAGACAGAUUAUGAUGAUGUCGGAGAUGAUCUUAAUGAACUUCCAAGUGGAAGGAGUGGACGGCACAAGGCUUCAACAGAAAUUGAAGCUCGGCCUGGUAGAACAAAAGGGAAGAAUUUGAAGUAUCAGAUGAACAAGUUGUUUAAUAUGUUCCGUCCAGAAGAUCAAGGAAGACGACAAGUUGUAAAAGAAAUGCCUUGGGAAGAUGAUGAUCUGGAAUCACCGUACGAUUCAGGACCAGAAAUGUUCAAUGAUGAUGCAUCGAUAAGAAGCAAUCGACGUCCCCAACUCGCACCAUUUUUCGAUGAGAAGGAGAAAAUUGAACAUUUGGCAGCAAUGUACGAAGUGUCAGACGCAGAAGGAGAACAAGGAGAAAGUGGAUGGCAUUCGGAUCCGGAAAAUACAAAAGAAAACAAUGGAAGAGGAAGACUGACUCAGAAAGAUUCUGUUGGUUCAGGCUAUCCGGACCACUCGGUUCAUACUCCCGUUCGAACGUCAGGAAUGCGCGUUAUGACGUCUUCCUUCGAUUCUCAUUCGAUUCCACAUUCUUCUACUCUUAACUCUAUCAGAAACGAUCAUGGUGUGCAUCGAGGAGUGAGCCUCUCAGAACAACUGUGCGCAAUUCUCGGAACCAGCAUGUCAUCAGAAGGAAAAGAAGCCGUCUGGCUGUGUAAUCUUUCAGAAUGGCCAGUUUAUGCCACAUUAGGUGGUCCGGUACCAAUUGUUAACUGCCCAUCUUUCUCUCAAGUGCGCCAAACGUUGAGUCACGUCAUCAAUCGAAUUCAGAGUUUCUGUCACACGAAUUCGUCAAAUCCUCCAUUGUCCAUCGUCGGAAUCAUCGGAACGGACAAGCUCAUCUCACAAGUCGUUAAAGCCUAUGUCGAGUGCCUCGCGCAUAAAUCCCUUGCCAAUCUCAUCAAUCAUCUUCGCUUUGUGGUUAUUCCGUCGACAAGUUCGCUUUUUUAUAAACUGAUCGAAGGUAAUUCAGAGUUUCCGAUCCAACGAAAAUUUCGUUUUUAUUUUUUAGGAAUCGACCCUCAACUUGACAAUUUGUGUCGUGACUUAUGGGAUCGAUAUGGAGACAUGAAUCAUGCUGAAAAAGCAGCGUUAGCCGCAAAGAUCGCUGCCUGGCCAAACACGGUGAUGUCAUCGAAACUAAACAUGCCAAUCGGAGAAGCGAUGCUGCAACUGACAGCUGAUCGCGAUUCAGAUGGCGGCCGUGUAUUUUUGCCGUUCCUCAGCGAAGUUCGUGUUGGAAAUCAGCAGUGUGAAAUCGAAAACGACGACGAUUCGAACAAUGUAAACGGAUUCGCACAAACAAUCGUAUCACCAAGAGAAGAAUCAGUCGUCUCCAAAGCGGAGGGUUCAUCUCCACCUCAUUCUCCGCAACUUCGAAACGUCGAUGGUCAAGAGCUGAAUAUGGACUUCUGGCCCAACACACCACCCCAACAGAAUACUUUCUACUGCUCUUCCGAUUAUCCUCCAACCACUUCUAACACGACACCGAAUUCGAAGAAGGAAGCUGCCAAAGUUACGAUCAAAGCGCAUUUUAAAACACUUCUUGUUUCGAGGUCUCCCAGUUCUGGCUCGUUGUGUUUGACGUAUCUAAAAGAGAAGAGAAAAGACAAAAUGCUACAGAAGCUAGGGAUGAAGAAGGGGCAGAAGCAGAAGCCAGAAGAAGGUCCGAUUCCAUCUCAAGUGUCUUCUAUAGGAAGAAUGCUCUGUAGUGCCUCUGGAAAGCAUAAUGAGUUGACCGUGAUAAUCGAUGGAAACGCGUAUAAUGGAAUCAGGUACUUCCAAACGUCUCCACAAUGGCAGACACAUAUCAAAUCGUUCCCAAUCGCAUUUCUAACUCCAAACGUCUGUACCGCUUGA